UGCGAUGCGCGCUCGCUCGAAGCGUCUCCGUUAAACAGCGCCGUUUGUCAUCCGAGCAGUCGCGCCCGGUACCGGAUCGUGUCUCGAGAGGAUGUACUGUAUCACCGGAGGGAUCCGGCGGUGGUCGCUUUCGGGGGCCCUUCCGUGAGACGCAAACAAGAACGGAGCGGAUAGACGCGCAAUUUGAGUCGAUGUAUGUGAUUGAAGUGAGUCUCUGUGAGGAUCUCUGCGUGGAGUCGUCCGGUGCCGUCGUCCUGUCAUCUGUAAUGUCGAGCAUGUAAAGACUGUGGGGGCGCCCUCCAGGGCUGUUGUCUCUCUCCAGCUGGGAGCAUGUUCUAGACGGGACGCUUUACAUCAGACAUGAAAGGUUUAGGGGCCAACCGUAGCCGACUUCUGUCAGACACCUGUGACCCCACCGCAGGCCCACAGGAGCCUUUGUGUCCCCUGGCCCCGGACCCUCACGCUACCUACCUCCUGAGCCCCACCAUCAACCACUACGGUACUCUGGAUCCUCACCUCCAUCAUUUCCCUGUUUCCCCUCCCACCACCCUACAAUCAGACUGCCUGCUGCCCCUGAAUAACCAGCUAACCAACAGCAGCACCUUCCCACGGCUCCACUACACCAGUCAGGCAGAGCAGAACGAGUACGCGCAGCAGGGCUAUGUGGCUCAAACAGGCAGUCGUGCCAGCACUCUCACAUCCUCCAUGUCCAUGGGCAUGAAUCUGGGACUUGGACUGGGCGCCCCCGCCAUGAUCUCCAGUGGCACGGCAACCAUUUCUUCCGCGGCUGCCGCUAAGAUGAAUCGGAUUCCGGGCAACCUCCUCGACCAACUGGAAAGACACCUGCCACUCCAGCGGGACGGUUUCAGUACGCUGCAGUUCCACCGACGCAGCCGCGGCUCCAAGCAGCGCAGCGAGAGUCCCAGUCGCAUCCGCAACCUGGUGCAGUCCGUCCAGAAGCUCUUUGCAAAGUCUCAGUCUCUGGAGGUGUCGGCGGUCAAAGGGAGCAUGGCCGCAGGUCAGACAGGAGAAGCCGCCAAAACGGCCCGUAAAAGCAAGAGCAAAGACAGGGCUAAGACGGAGGGCACCAAACGGCGACCUCGACCCAACCUCUCAGGGUUCUGGAGCUCAGAUGAUGCUUUGGAGGACGAGCCCGCCAGUCAGCCUGCCACCGCCGGCCCGUUGGCGGUGGCGUAUCGAAACCCAUUGAGCAUGAUGACGCUGGGCAGAGCUGUGUCGGACAGUCAGGCGGCACCCAGACCACAUCCACAGGGCUACCACACCAUCGCAGCUCACUCCCUCACAUCCUCCAAGAGCAGCGGAGAUCUCAAGACUCAGCUGGGACCGGUGCCCUCCGGAGGUCGAGGGGAGCACAACACGCUGGUGAAGAGAGCCUCCUGGUCCACGCUGACUCUCAGUCAGGCCAGACAGGUGCUUCAGAAGGGCACGGUCAACGUCAACCGCACACUCCUCAAGUCUAAGUCCUGCCACGGACAAGAAAUGACCUGCAACUUCCUACAGGUGCCGGCAGGCGAGUGGAGUGGGACUCUAGGUAAGGAAGGCGGGACGGGUGAGAUCCCGUGCAGGAGGAUGCGCAGUGGCAGUUAUGUGAAAGCCAUGGGAGACACGGAGGAGAGCGAGGACUCAGACGAACCCCCCUCGCCCAAACCUUCACCCAAGACUGCCGCCAGACGACAGAGUUACCUGAAAGCCACACAACAGUCUCUGAGUGAACAACAACCUCCACUGCCGCCACGCAACUGUAUGCCGUCUCUAUGUGAGGUCUCCACCAAUCGGAGUCUGGAUAACCUGCACUGUUUGAUGACGUCAGGUGAAGCAGGACUGCCGCACUGGGACACGGAUCCCAGGUUCAGUCAGGGCUGUGGGACACUGGGUCAAGGGUCCGGCAUCAGCCAGGUGGAGCAGAGUUACCAUGCCAGCGCGGCUUACGGUCAGCUGGAGGCCUUGGACCUUCCCAAACCAACCUGCUUUCGGUCUCGCAGCCACAGUUACCUGCGGGCCAUCCAGGCCGGAUGCUCGCAGGAUGAUGAUACGGGCUCCGCGGACUCAGAUGAGACUCCGCCCACAACCAUGUCCAUCAGUAGCUAUACCAACAGCAACAAGUCCUCGUGUACAGCUGUGUGUAAGAAGACUCCUCCCCCUAUACCUCCCCGCAUCACCUCCAAACCCUUCAUCGCCGUCACGCUCCAGAGCAGCACCGAAUCCGCCCAGGACACCUACCUGGACAGCCAGGAACAGCGCAGCGAGGUCAACAGCCAAUCAGGACGCAGCAAUUCUUCGGACAGCCUCGCCAGCUCGCGGACAGGAAGUCUUGUUAAGAGCGCCAAGCGGCCGCCAAUCCUGCCCCCCAUACCCGCUCCACGGGAACCCGUACCUCUGCCAAGUGCGAGGGUGACCACCCCGCCCCCUUCCAUCGUUCCGCCCUCUCCCGCCCCAGCUGCCAGAAAUGAGCCUGCGAGUUUGACGGUGACCCCCGACGCACCGAAAGCUGAGCCCAGGAGAAAACUCUCGUCUAUUGGUAUUCAGGUGGAUUGUGUUCAGCCGAUUCUGAAAGAGGAACAAACUCCCACCACCAGAUUUCAGUCCAUCGGUGUUCAGGUUGAAGACGGCAGGCCACUCAGUCGCUUCACUAGCAUGGCGUCUAGACAGGAGACUGCGGAUGCCGAAGCUCAGGACCAAUCUGACGGUUACCCUUCACAGAACAAGACGCGCAACCAAUCGUUAGACGGCAAACCCUCGAGACCGGACGUGCGCUGCGGUUUUGCCUCGCUGCAGGAAAAGCUGGACCCAGCGCUGGAUCCGUCCUCGCUGCCCCCGCCCGACCCCUCACUGCAGGCCGGUACGGGCAGUGUAAAUGGAGCGGCGGACCAGUCCGGGGGCGUGGCCUGCCUCAGGGACGGACGCUGGUUCCAGAAGCUUCUACAGGCUGAGACGGACCGCAUGGAGGCCUGGUGUCAACAGAUGGACCAAGAGACCAAAGACAAAGAACUGUCCGAAGAGGGUGAAUUAUUCUUUUAUAUCUUGGGAAAGGUUCGCAGUGCGGUGGGCAGUGCUCAGCUCCUGAUGUCAAAGAAGUUCAAGCAGUUUCAGGGUCUUUGUGAGCAGAAUCUGGAUGCAACCGCUCAGCCGCGGCCCACCGCUCAGGAUCUGGCCGGCUUCUGGGAUCUACUGCAGCUGUCCAUAGAGGACAUCAGCAUGAAGUUCGAUGAGCUCCACCUCCUCAGGUCCAACGACUGGAAGAUAUCCGAGAUCCAGGACAAAAAGGAGGAGAAGAAGGCCGCUCCCGCACACACACCAAAGAAGACUGUGAAGGUGAAGACCAGCGGAAUGAAGGAAAAGAGCAGCGAUUCUGUGGCCGACAAGCAGCGUCAGGAAGCCAGAAAGCGUCUGAUGGCGGCGAAGCGAGCGGUCUCUGAACGGCAGAACUCCGCCACUGAGAGUGCAGAGAGCAUUGAGAUUUACGUUCCGGAGGCCCAGACGCGACUCUGAGACACUACGAAACAGAACACUUACACUUUGUGCACCUCCAAAUACGCCUCCCUAAAUACGCACUUCCUAGUGACCACUCGGACACCCGUGGAUCGGAAAAUGUGGCGUGCAAAAAGCAGUGUGGUAUAUCACGAAAAACGACGAGCAAAAAAUGUACAAAAAGAGCGGGAAAUUAAACUAGCUUGAAUGCUACGACGCCAUCGCUGCCACAGAAGAACCUCUCCUUGACGUUUGUUUCUAUGGUUACCCUCGUUAAAAUGAUCAAUGUUAUAAAAGUGAAUUAUCUCAUGGAAUAUAUCAAGACUUUGUAAAUUGUGCUAAUAUCGAAAAGACGAUCUUUCCUCCAGACCCUUUACACGCAUCACACACGUCACGUGACCACCGAACCCCUUUUUUUGUUUUGAGCAUGCACUCAGGACCCUGCACGUGUGCACUUGCUUCUCAUCGGCACAGUCUUCCUGCUCUCACAAACACACUUUGUUUUCUUUAACAUUAAAUUUGCUCCUGGUCUCCGGUCGGAUGGAGUGUUCAGUGGAAGCGAGAACAGAAUUUUGAACUCUUGAAUGGCGUAUGUGAAUGUUCAGUGAUGUUGAGCAUCCGGUCAGUCGGAGCUCUUGAUACUCUGCAGAUGUCCCGACGAUGCAACAGAUACUUGAAAUGUACUAAAGCUGAAGACGAAUAGCACAGAUCUCAGACCAGCCCGAGCAGAAGGAUUUCACUCCACUUGUUUUCUUUCACAAACUUUUCUUUUGUUUUCAACCAGUUAGCAGUUAAGAUAGAGACACUUUAUCGUAUUUCAAUUCAGUAAAAUUUGAUGCAGAAAACGCACAGCUUGGUUUAUUUUCCAUGAAAUUGCAUGUCGCUCUUUCUGUUCCACCUAUCCAUUCGUGUCUUUUUAAUUUUGUAGGAUUAAAAUGCUUUUUAUGAUGAAUGUUUUAGACCAAUUCACCAAUGCUCCAGAUUUCUACCUGGGUCAACAGUCAUUUGUUUUGUAAUGUUAUUGUUAUUAUUAAUAUUAUUGUUAUUAUAUUAUUUUAAAGUGUUUUUUUCUUUUGUUAUCUGUGGUCCAGUCAUUCCACGUGUACUUGAGUAAGCUGGAUGUUUUCCAGUCGAUUCAGGCAUUGACAGUAAAGCCAAUGUGUGACCAAUUAGAAGCCGUCGCUUGUAAUAGAUUCUUUUUCUUUACAGAAAUUAAAGACUUCCGUUACCCAGAAUUUGUCCGUAAUGUCUGAAUAAUUUCCCUGGUUGGCUAUGUUAAACUCAAAAAUACAGAGUAAUGUUUUAAAACCGCAGGAGUCUGCACAUUAAACUUGAAAACUUUCUUUUGUCACAUCAUAAAACUACACACGUCACCUUUAUGAACUAUAUGAGUCACCACCUUGUGUUUUCAUGAGUUUGCUUUGCAUCAUGUUAUGAUUUAAAAGCCUACUUUUGAGUCAACUUCACAGUAAACACUACCCAGUGGUCGAGAUGAGAUGAAGAGAUGUCUAAAUGUAUUUUUCUGGGUAUAGCUGUGAAAGUUUAUUCUAACAAACCAUUUUAAUAUUGUGUAGAUUUAUGGCUGAAUAUUACGACUUGCCAUUGUAAGAGGGAACUUAAAUUCAGUUUAUUAUAAAGUUAAGUAGUGGCAAUUUAGAGUGCUUAAUGGGAACAGGACUCAUGAUUCUUGGCGUUUUUUAUUGAAACUUUUUUUUACCCCAGUCUGUUGACAUCUGUUAUAAUGUUAGCAAUGAAAUGACUGACUGAUAUGAGAAUAGAUGUCUAUGUGCUCAACAGACUGUUUAAAGCUAAAGUUAGUCCGACAUUCAUUAAAAUGCAUAAAAUUAAGUUAACGACGUUGGUAACACUUUACAAAAACAAGUCACAUCAGCAUGGGUUAACUAACAAUGAGCAACAUAUUGUGAAAGCAUUUGUUAAUUUUUGCUGAUGCUAUUCAAUACAAUAACAAGUAUUCAUUUAUUUUAGCCAACAUGAAAACAAUUCUAGUAUACUAUAGUAAUAGUAAGCAUACAUGAGGGUGUUAACAUAUAAAUCAAAUGAAAUAAUGGGAUGAAUUCCAAAAUGUAAUGUUAUAUAAUUUGGUUUUGUCAUUUAUGUAAACCGUGCUGUAGAAAAGACCGUCCAUUUCUGUUCAUGUUCAGAGAAAUGAAGGUUUGCAGAAAUCUGAAACCUUUGGCCUCUCAGUUCUUGAUCCUAAAAUGAUGUUUAAGCAAAUCAACAAUUUAUCUGGACCAAUCACAGCUUAGAAUGCAAAAUGUUUUGAGUUUAACAGCAAUAAUGUUACUGUUCGAUACAGAUCAAAAGCAGGCGACGUCACGUGUUUCUAAAUUCACCGAAGAAUCGCUUGUUAUUGAAAAUAAUGUUUCUACAUCCAAGACGUCUCCAUUUACAUGACAUGCUUUUUUAAGGACAACUACAACUCGGCACAACUUUCUAGAUUCUGCAUGUCGCAGCAAUAUCUCCCCUAUAUGGAAUCUCUCAGACUGAUGAUUUGCUUCACUUUCCGUCGGAAAUAAACUCCAGAUCAACAAAAGCAAAACAGGGCUACACUGGACUGACGGACAGUCUCUGCAGGACUUUCAAUAGACUCCUAACUGCCUUUGCAUUGAUUUCACGUUUCUUUCCUUGAGAGAUUUUGUGGCUUGCGUGUCAUCUGCUGUAACUAACCAAUGAUGUUUUCAAGCAGGACAGUGAGGGCUGAUAAAGAUGACAUCUAUCACAUGUCCAAAAGACACAUUUAACCCCCAAAUCACAAUUUUGUCAUUCUUUACACGCCUUCAUGUGAAACUUGUUAAUCUUCCAUGAAACACAGGGAUUUUGAGACUGUGGGUUUGAAAAAACAUGAGGGGGAGUAAAUGAGAUCGUUUUGGAUGAUUUUACUGUUUUAAACACUACAUGUACCUAAAACAGAUUUGCUUUAUUACUGCUGUGGGAAUUGAAUAUGUAUUUCAGAAAUGAGUCUGAUUCUGUGUUUGACCUGUUGAAACAGAAAAAGUCUGAAUUAUCGAAUUGAACGUGUAGACCUAAAUGUCAUCCCAUGUCUUCAGAGUCCAGAGAAAGAUAGAUUUAUAGAUAUUGUUCAUGAUUAUUAUUUUUCAGAACUCACAUGUUUUAAAGUAAUAUAGAGACAUACAAUGUAGAUUGUAGGAUUGUUGUGAGAAUAUUUCUUUUAUGAUAAAAAUAAAGUUUUAUUUAACAAGA